AUGGUUUUCAGAUCCCCUUUAGAGCUUUAUCCCUCCCAUUUCUUCCUGCCAAACUUCGCUGAUCGCCCUGUUCUCCUGGCGAACAGCGCUCCCACCACCAGGUCUCCAGAAGACUUGUCCAUGUUUCAGCUACCGACCCUCAACUUUUCCCCGGAGCAGGUGGCGAGCGUCUGUGAGACGCUGGAGGAGACCGGGGACAUCGAACGGCUGGGCCGCUUCCUCUGGUCCCUGCCUGUGGCUCCGGGAGCGUGCGAGGCGAUCAACAAGCAUGAGUCCAUCCUGCGCGCCCGGGCCGUGGUGGCGUUCCACACGGGGAAUUUCAGAGACCUGUACCACAUCCUGGAGAACCACAAGUUCACCAAGGACUCGCACGGCAAACUGCAGGCCAUGUGGCUGGAAGCGCACUAUCAGGAGGCCGAGAAGCUCCGCGGUCGUCCCCUCGGACCGGUCGAUAAGUACCGGGUGCGGAAGAAGUUUCCGCUGCCUCGGACCAUCUGGGACGGCGAGCAGAAGACGCACUGUUUCAAAGAGCGGACGCGGAGCCUGCUGAGGGAGUGGUACCUUCAGGACCCAUAUCCAAACCCCAGCAAGAAAAGGGAACUGGCUCAAGCCACUGGACUCACUCCUACACAGGUCGGAAACUGGUUUAAAAACCGGAGGCAACGAGACAGAGCCGCGGCAGCAAAAAACAGGCUCCAACACCAAGCAAUAGGACCGAGCGGUAUGAGGUCCCUGUCAGAGGCCGGCCUCACCCCUCACAGCUCGGCAGAGUCGCCUUCAACCGCGGCCAGUCCGACCACCAGCGUUUCCAGUAUGACAGAGAGAGUUGAUACUGGGACGUCCAUCCUGUCCGUCACAUCCAGCGACUCGGAGUGCGAUGUAUGAUACGGAG